AUGGUUUUUCGCAUGAGGAGCUCGCUUACUCCGGCCGGCUUUAUCUCUCCCUCGGUAGUCUUGAGCCGCAAGAGCUCAGCUCACCUGAGGGCAAAUGUCCAAGCUUCUAUGGCUAAUCAAACCCACAGAUGGAAUGUGUUGAUCGGCUUUGGUAGCUCAGAGUCUUCUUGGCCGGAACAAAACUUAAAUCUAGAUUCUGCAUGUACGUCGAUUGGCUGCGCAGAUACAAGCAAGAUCUCACGACAGUCAAGUAAAUCGGAGUUCCCGUUUGGUCAGCUGCGUUGCCUCCUCAUUAUGCCUAGUGGCUUGGGGUCCGGUCUGGCCUCUUCCUGGAUGAUACCCCUACCACCUCAGCAGGAGACCUCGCAAUCCUUGCUCUUCCCCUCUGGCGGACCAGUCUCGGCCAGGAAAAGUCAUCCUCCACCCGUCUCUCAAAUAAUUUCAGGCCGUCUGUGA